CGCGUCGCCCGCCUCUCUCGCUGCCGGCCGGACUGAACCUCACCGCCGCAUAAAACCAAUCGUGUCUGUGCCUGCCUCCCUCGUUGCCGCCGGGUAAAACCAAUCGUGUCGGUGCCUGCCUCCCUCGCUGCCGGCCGAAACGAACCUCACCGCCGCGUAAACCCAAUCGCCCCGGUACCUGUCUCUAUCUUCCUGUCUUUCGCCCUCUUUCUAAUUUGGCGAUUGGAGGGCAGCUGGAAGCUGAAGACGAGAACGCUGUGGUGGAGAAACUUCUUGCAGGCUCGAUUCGAUGAUCAUCAAUCAAGUCUCAGUCAGGUUUCUCAUUGUGCCUUCAUCUCCUUGAUAUUUAAGUAUCUUCCGCUGGCCAUGUCCACGAACACCCAGAACCCGUUCUGAAUCGCCUGGAGACAAAAAGGGGCAAACAAAAAAUCAGAAUAAAGGUAAUCUCUUCCUGGAAAUCGCAUAGUUUAGUAAUCAGAACAUAUCAAAUUUUUACCUUGAUCAUAUUUGAUUCGGGCUUCUUGACAUCAACCGUUGAAUCGUUGGAGAAGUCAGCCUCGGUUAAGGCAUUGGAAGUUGAAGACAAGAACGUUGUGGUGGAGUGCUGCUGGCUAGAUUUCUCUCGAUCAUAAACUCUGAGGCAUUACACUGUCUGUACUAUCUUCAUAGCUUAGCUAUGCCCUUCAGAACUUAGCAAGGUAUGGACGUUGAUUCAUGCCCUUCAGAACUUAGCAAGGUAUGGACGUUGAUUCAUGCCCGCAUAUAGGAAAAUGAGUGAGCUUAAUUCAGCGGGAUGGCAAAAAUAUCCGUAACCGUGAAUAUCCGCCCGAAUCCGACCUAAUCGGGUAGGAUAAAACCCGAACCCGAAUGCCUUUUAGUGGAUACGGGUAAAAUCCGAACCCGAAUAUUGCGGGUAAUGGGUGGGCAUGGUUUUCUCACUAUCCAACCCGAACCCGCCCAAUUAUACACAUGCAUAUGUAUUUUGUCUAGAAAUAAUCAAUAUUUUUCUCUUACAUAUUUUAUAUUUAGCAUAUACAUAUAAUAGUUUUAUGAAAUUGUGUUAUUUUAAUUAAUUUUCUUCAUUCUAGUGAAUUAUUGUCGUACUUUUCGUCUUACGUAACGUGAGAAUACGUGUCAAUAUUAACAUAUUGGUUGGAGUUAUAAAGAGAAACUAUUACCCAUGGAUAACCGUGGAUACCCGAAACCCGAAUGGGUAUGGGCAUGGUUUAGAUUUUCUAACCGUUUCUUAUGUGGGUAUGGGUAUGGGUAAAACCCGAACUACUCUGGGUAGGGUAGCGGAUAUGCACUAUCCGUCCCCGACCCAUUGCCAUCCCUACCCGCAUAUAGCUCUUCAUAGUUGAGGACAACCGUACUUGAGUUAGCUCAAAACUACUCCAUGGAACAAACGGGGAAUUUUACAAUGCUUUAAAGCAUUGGCGCUUUAGUUUUUGCCUUUAUGGUACAACUUGAAGUUGUACCUUUAACAUUAUGGUACAACUUUAGGUUGUACCUAUUAGGUACAACUUAAAGUUGUACAUUUAAGUUAUGGUACAACUUGAAGAGUUGAAGUUGUACCACAACAUAAAAAUCAAAUUCCCUUAUGGUACAACUCUAACUUGUACCUUUAACUUGUGGUACAACUUAAAGUUGUACUUUAAAGCACCAAUAUUUUAAAGCAUAGUAGAAAGGCUCAAACAUGGGUUUCAUUGUGGAAACUUUGUGGUUUAGAUUUGUUUGGAUGUGCUUCUUAUUCAUAACGUAGUUAUGCCCUCCAUACAAUAAAGCUUCUUAUGGUGCUACCUGCUUGGGUUUUGCAUAAAUUAUAAUAUCUUUUUGUGUCUCUCAAAGAACCCAGUUGGUUUGCCAUGUUCAAAACGUUUGAGCCUCCAAUGUCUCUUGCACUUGCUUUAUGUGUCAUUACAUGUUCUAGCUCUGUGGUUCAGACUUCAGAGAUGACUAUGGACAGUUGAUCAUAUCUCUCGGCUUGAUUUAUACCCUCUUUCUAAUUUUGCGAUGGUUGUACUAAAUGGCGUGUUUUUGUAGGUUCAAAUUGUGAAUUAAUGGCUCAAAGUUUGAAACCUCCCUUGAGCUAAUCCGAUUAAUCAGAGUCACCACCACUUGAAGACAACAGAAACAACACUCUCCCUUGAGCUAAUUCCAUUAAUCAAAGUCAUCACCACUUGAAGACAACAGCAGCAGCACUUAAGCGGCACUGCUCCACCAGUCUUUCUUCCACCACUCGAAGACAAUUAAGUAAUUAACAGUAAGGUACGCAACUGUAAUCCUUUUAAUUGCAAUCAAUCUUUAAUGUUUCCACUUCAGAGCCAUAUGUCAUCAGUUCAGGUUCAUGUUUGUUUUGUUUGGUUCGAUUUGCUGCAUAUCACCAAUGAUGGUACCGAGUCAAAGGGGUACAAAAGAGAGUGCUUAAGUUCCACAAAAGUUUCAUAACCACACAAGCACUGCAUUCAUACAUGUUCUACCUUUUAUAAAGAAUUAUUAACUCCACUAUCUUCAUCAAUUAAUAAACGCCUUUUAUUUUUAGAUUUUUUGCCAAGCAAAUUCUUUAUUAUUUUGUUCAUGCGGAAACAAAGACACCUGAUGGUGUAGUAAUCAUGAUUGGCAAAUGGGUUAUUGUUAGAAGUUGGUUAUAUAUGAUUUUAACAGUACUUAAUUGACCAAUAGCAAUCUGAUUCGUAAUUAUAUGAGUUUGGUUGACAUGUUAUCCUUUUGGAAGUGUAAUCUGAUUUUGGAUAGUGGAUACAACAUGCAACUGGAUUUUCUUCUACCAUUGGUGCUGCAUAGUGAAUGAUUGUGUUGGUUUUUGAACAAAAUUUAGAAUCAAAUUGAUCAUGGUUUGUGUUGAUGUUCUAAUACGGGCAAGUGUGAGAUUUUCUUCUAUUUCUGCUGAUAUGUAAACAAUUGCAGAUGCAAGUGUUUGAUUGAUGCUUGGAUCAUAUACGGAAAGCAGUACAUUUGAUUAUUAUCAUGGUUUAUUCUCUUGCCCUUUUUGAGGUGUAAGAAGUGGAUGGGCUAAUUUACACUAGGUUGCCUACUGUCAUCAUGUGUGUUGCCUUCCAAGAUCACACGUUAGUCAAUUGAAUCAACCUCCAUUUGCCUACUGAAGUCUGACCAAAUAUGAUUUUCUUUUUUGAAGUUCUAUGCCUCGAAGGAGAAGCAUUCCCCGUGGGAAGUCAUCGACAGUAUCAAAUAAUGAGUCAAUUCGACCAUUAAAAAUUGAAUAUAAGUACACAUAUUGCUCUUAGCAUAAUUAUAUAGAUUUGUCAAUUUAAUGUGCGUCCAUUCCACAUGUUAUUCAAGGCAAAAGAGAGCUGUUUUUUUUUACCACCAGUGUAGUGAAUUCUAAUAAGUCUCUAUCUCACGCACAAAAGAAAAUUAUCAAUGGUAUGAUUGUCGAUGAAAUGCCUCUUUAAUUAGUUCACUCUAGAUUCCGAUUCGGACUUACUUUGUGCAAUUCAGUUCCCUUGCUAUAAAUAAAUAAGCAGCUCCGAGCUUACAGAUUCUCACAUCUCCAACACUCAAUCAAUCGGUAGCUCUCGCUUUCUAAUCCCUCGCCGUGCACUCAAGAUUCCCCGGAGAAACUAACCAAGAUAUCAAAUUGCCGUAACAAUGUCGUCGGAGAAGAAGUGCAUCACCCUGAAGAGCCGCGACGGCGGGACGUUCCAAGUCGAAGAGGCGGUGGCGAUGCAGUCCCAGACGAUCAAGCACAUGAUCGAGGACGACUGCACCGACAACGGCAUCCCACUCCCCAACGUCACCGGCGUGAUUCUGGACAAGGUGCUCGAGUUCUGCAACAAGCACCAGCACGCUCCUGAUCAAUCUGACGCCGACGAAUUGAAGAAAUGGGACACGGAUUUCACCUAGAGAUGGUAAUCAAACCCAUGGUCGCGG